AUGCCCAGCGCAUCGCAUCGCAUUACCCCAGUCGCAUCGCGAAAUAUCCAUCCAUCCGUCGCAUCGUCUGUUGAGACUGAGGUCGUUCCACUGAGGGAGGACCUUCUCCUUCUACUCCUCGAUCUAUCCAUCUGCUUCAUUGUUCUCUCCUCGCCUUUGAGUCAGCCUAGUUGCCACGCUGCCCCCGCUCGAUCAUCAUGGCUGCGGAGGCCACCGGCAACAAGGCUGCCACCCCGCCCAAGCGCAGACUCACCUUUCUCGAUCUCCCAGCUGAGACCCAGCAGGACAUCUUGUCGCAUGUUCUGCUCCCAGUCCGAGUUGAUAUGUUGCGCUCUUGUAUCUCGGCACUUUCAUGAGUUGGCGUCCGCGCAGCUCUAUCGUAGCUUCAAUAUCCUCUUUCCCGACGACGAUGAUGUGAGGUUCGAAUCCCCAAUCGAUGGCCUCGCGGGUGGUCUCGACACCUUCACUACUAGCGAAUACAACUACGCGAAGCACCUGAGAGAACUGUCUAUGGAUACAGUGAGCACUGGUGUGAAAGCCGAGCAUGCCUACAAGCCGUAUCUGUAUAGUGCCAGUUGUGGCAAGUUCCUUAAUACUUUACUCUAUCUGACUCUGAGGAAAGCCAAGUCACUCGAAUCUUUUAGGUGGAACAUUCGCGUUGAGUUAAGCAGACCGGUCUUUCGUGAGCUUCACAAGAUCAAAACUUUGACAAAAUUCCACAUUCGCCUCCAAGCCGGGGAUACAUACUACAUCACACCCCCUCCUCUCCCCCUUAGCAUUGACGCUCUGCCUCCGGCCUCAACUCACUGGCCAGAUAUUCCCCCUCCUCCGCCUGGGCCUCCCCCAGGAGUGUUUUCAGCCCCACUGGCCGGUGCCAUGACAUCUCUGCCAGUCAUAACCUCACCACCUCCUCUGUUGCCAUCGUCCAAGCAAUCCUCCAAAGCAAAGGGCAGUAAGCGAGACUCUGUGACACAGGAGCCCCCAACGCUCUCGGGUUUCAAAAAAUUGAAAAGUCUUUCCGUUCUCGAUAUCGACAAUCUCGAAUUGGUAACGGAGCUCAAGACUUGCGUUCGAAAUUCUUCCGCCACACUUACCGAACUGCAACUUUCACUUUCUGAUAGUCUGGGCCUACAAGCUAGACGGCCGCCACCUGACUCGGACCCGGACGAUUCUGAUGUCGAUGAUGAGUUUCAAGUGGUUCCCGUUUCCCAGAACACCAGCUUCGACGCGAGCGGCCCUGCGAAGACGUUUCGCUCCCAGGAAGAGCGUAAACUUCAAGAGGGCAUACUGGGAAGAAUAUUUGAUGUCGAACCUUUUAUUACCAAGAAGCCUGCGCUUAUCCAGAGUCCUCGCGAGGUGGCAACCAGUCAAGAGGAUGAUCCAGAAGCCGGCACUAACGACAAUUCAGAAGAUCCUCGUGAAGAAUUUGUGUCAUCUAUCCGCAGUGUUUCAACGAGACUUAUGUCACAUAUAAAUGGCACUCGUGACUUCUCGGCAGCCCAACAGGAUAUUUUGGACGUGAUUGAAAAGGCAGCAAGAAAAUAUGUGGAUUCAUGUGAGCUCCCUUCUCAGUCAAACAACGAACCGUCUGGUAGCAGCUCAGCGACACCUAAGGAUGAUGAGGAGCAACAGAGUGAUGAGAGUGAUGGAUCGAAACCGACGACAACAGAAUCAAGUUUGAACCCAUUGUCUAAGAAUAACGACUCAAACAAUGAUACAUUACCAGACGAUAUCGAAAUUGAGCAUCUGAAUACCAUAGAUGAGCUGGAGGUGGAUUCGGACGAACAACAGACCAAGGACAUUGGGGAAAAGGAAGUUGGAGUCAAAGAAUCAGAAACACCCGAGGCAGUUGCUGAUCCCUCUGGCUUACCAUCGAAGACACUGGACGCUAACUCAGACUCAUCAACGACCCCAGGGCUGAACAAAGCACACACAAACUUGGAUACGCAGCGGGUGAAUUAUGAGUCCCUACUGUCAAAUCUACAGCAGUUACAGGACGAGAACGAUGCCUUCAUCCAGAAGAUCAAGGCGAUCCGUGUGCAAGGUACUGUUGCUGAGUUGGAGCAGUUCAAGGACUCAGUAACACAACUAAGAGAACUAAGUCAGGAAGCUGAACAUAUCAGAGGCGCGAUCAAAACGACACAUCUCGAGAUCAAACAUAUUGAGGAUCAAGUCUUCGGACAAGCUCAAAACAACGACGGCGAAAAGUCACGACGCUCGAUCGACGAAUACCUGCGUGACACUCGUGGCAUUGCGCUAGAAAUACUGAGCAUUCAUCUCAUCCCUGUAAAGGCAUCCGUUCUGUCUAGAGCUAUUGACCUGAAAUGCAUUAAGAACCUGACCCUGCUUAAUGUUGGUAAUCAGGGCCCAAUCUGGACAUUGCUCUCCAAAGAGAACAAGGUCUCACCAUUGGCCUUACGGAGUGUCUUUACCGACAAUGUUUCGACCGCAUUCCUCAACUGCAUGUCCCAGCUUGAAGAAUUGCACGACUUGUUCUUGUUGGAGCGAAGUGCUAAGUAUAAGCCUGAGAGUUUCGCACCACGAACUACCGUCACCAUCGACCAGAUCCGUCGGCUCGUCCUCAAGAAGCACAUGCACUCACUCAAGAGACUCAUGAUCAAGGACGAAUCAAACAGCAGCACCUGGGAUGCGAAUCAGAAGGCAAUGAUACUUAUUUGUAACCGUGGUGUGCAGCUUGAGGAGCUGGCACUUAGCAUGAAUAUCCACGCAGUGCACGCCUUCAUGCAGUAUUUCGCUGGACUAGUGAACCUACGUGCUAUAAACAUUCUUCGAUUCAGGAAUAACGACACAUGUAUAUGGGUCAUGCGGGAGAUUCUGAACUUCAUCGUGGAUAAUCUCUCUCACCAUCCCGAGCUGAAGCUGGAGUGGAUCGCUAUGGAGGACGAUCGUCUCGACAGGGUCAUUCGCCCUACGGACGCAAUUGAAGAAGGGGAGAAGAGAAGAGGCAAGGGCAAAGAGAAGGCUACGGUUCAUCCACAUCACAACAGCGGCAACCUGCCUGUGCUACCAUCCUGGGGUUCGGAUAGCGAAAGUGAGGAGGACGAUGAUGAUGCCUCGAAUUGUGGAAAGAGGCUUCGACUCAAGACCGUUGGAGUCCUGCAGUUUUAUGAGGUUUGGGGCGUCAAAAUAUUUGAUAAGGAAAUUCGAUCUGGUCGACUCUAA